GCUCCAAAUACCCAGCUGACAGGCCAGAGGCUGCAAGCAUUAACAGGAGGCUAUAAAUAGGAGCCAUUCACUGCAGCCCAGAAGUUUACAGAACUUUCUCGACUGAUGGCUAUGUUGUUUAUUUUAGCCGGUGCAGGCCAUUUGCAGAUUAAACCCAGAGGAUCAAGACGCUGCUUUCACUCCCAAUGACUCUGCUUAAUUCUCUGAAUAAUUCCAGUUAUUUUUAAUUUAUCUUGCCUCAACUUCGUUCACUUUGCAGAUUUAUUCUUUGGAAAUAUCUCAAGACAUCUGCAAACUCUGUCUAACUACCAUUAAGUUCACUUGGAAUUAUUGCUCCCUUGUUUUGUUGACAUUUUCUAAAUCUUUCCAAGGAUAUGGCAGACGGUCAGUUGCCCUUCACUUGUCAUUACCCUGCAAGUAGACAAAGGGGAGCCCGGGAUUCUUUCCGAGAUCAAAGUUUGUCUUCCCGUCUCCUAGAUGAUGAUUUUGGAUUUCCAGACGAUUUAACCAUGGACUGGCCAGACUGGGCAAAGCCUAGGCUUACUGCCUCCUGGUCAAGUCCGUUGAGAUCAGGCCUGGCACGGACAGCUGGUGUCUCUCCUCCCGGAUAUAAUGCCAGGUACACAGGUUACCCAGAACCACGGAAUACUGUGGCCACCCCCAGCCAGCCCUGGAAGGUGUGUGUUAAUGUACAAAGUUUUACGCCAGAGGAACUGACUGUGAAAACCAGAGAUGGAUUUGUAGAAGUAUCAGGUAACCAUGAAGAACAGCAAAAGGAGGGAGGGAUAGUCUCAAAGAACUUUACCAAGAAGAUUCAAUUGCCCUCAGAAGUGGAUCCCCUGACAGUGUUCGCCUCCCUUUCGCCAGAAGGUCUUCUCAUUAUUGAGGCACCACUGGUUCCUCCUUACAAUCAGCAAGGCGAUGACACUUACACCUAUGAGCUUCCUCUGGACCCCCAAGAAAUCAUUGCUUCCUAAUCUAAGUCAAACAAAGCUUCCUAUGGAGAAUCUCACGUGAAUUCCGCACAAAGUUGCAUUAGUGACCCAGAACAGUACAUCUGAUCGUGUAUGUUUUAUUUUGUGUAUAAAUAACCAUUCUUAAAGUUCCACUCUAGAUGUAGACAUACAAUAUUUCUGGAACUAUGAAAUGCACUUGCUAUGCCUUGGAUGCAGUGACAGCUUAAUGGCAACAAAUCCAUGACUGAUUUAUUGACCAUGAGGUACUACUAUUGUUUAGCCUGUCUACAGAAAAAAACCUAUAAAUAAAAUGCAAACAUUUUCUUUCUACCAUCUAUUAGUAAUCUUCAUUUUGGGACUCUCAUAGAUAACACUCCUAGUAAGCAAGUAUGUUGCCACCUAUUUGUAAGCAAGUUUUUAAAUGAAGUAGAAGCUAUGGUCCACAUAUUUUACAGUGUACACAAACCAACAAUAUAUACUGUACUUGGGAUAUGUGAAUCAUACUAUAUAAUGAAGAACAAAUGAUUCUGAAAUCUAUGAUGAAUGAAGAUGAACGAGUUGCCUCUGUUUCUAUACUAUAUGAGCCCUUAGACAACCCAACAAAAUCUUCUUUAAAAAGUCCUAUGGGUUUCGGUGUUUUUAUAAAUCUCUCUCAUGGCUGCAAUAUAAUAACAUCAAAUGUUAUAGAAUUGUUAAAUUUGAGAAAUAGUCUAGACAAUAUUCUGGUGUUGGAUUUCGUACAUAUGGGCCUAAACCUUUAAGCAUGUUGCAUUUAUUCUGUUAAAGUCCCAUGUAUACACAGUUUACAUGACUCACAGGUCAGUAAUGAUUACACUACAAAACAUUAGAAAAGAAAGUGUCGCUUGAAUCCUGCUUAUUGGAAAUAUUAGACCAACUUGCACCACUGAUGCAUAUUCUUGAGGUCUUACAUGUUCUUUGAUUUUUGUCAGUCUGUAUACCUUUCUCGAGAUCACAAAAGCUGAGCUUUUCCAUUGUGCACUGUGGGAGGAUUAUGAAAAUUGGCUUACUUACCUACUGAUAACUCUAGGUUUCUAUGUAUAUUGGAGAAUUUAAAAGGUGUUCUUUGUCUUUCUUUUUUUUUCAUUUGUCUUGCAACGAUUAUGGAUAUUAAAUAUUUAUAAAAAUGUA